UGUUCCCUCCAGGUCUACAUCAUCAAGGUCACCUGGUCCAAUGGAGCCACAGAGGUCAUUUACCGACGGUACAGCAAGUUCUUCGACCUGCAGAUGCAGAUGCUGGACAAGUUCCCGAUGGAAGGAGGCCAGAAGGACCCCAAGCAAAGGAUCAUCCCCUUUCUGCCAGGGAAGAUCCUCUUCCGCCGGAGCCACAUCCGCGACGUCGCGGUCAAGCGCCUGAUCCCCAUUGAUGAGUACUGCAAGGCUCUGAUCCAGCUGCCUCCCUACAUCUCCCAGUGCGAGGAGGUGCUGCAGUUCUUCGAGACACGACCUGAUGACUUGACCCCCCCCAAAGAGGAGCCCAUUGGAAAGAAGAGGUCUGGAGCUGACUGUGCCUCGGCUGAGCCCCUGGUGCUGGAGCAGUAUGUCGUGGUGGCCGACUACCAGAAGCAGGAGAGCUCGGAGAUCAGCCUGUGCGUGGGCCAGGUGGUGGAUAUCAUUGAGAAGAACGAAUCAGGCUGGUGGUUCGUGAGCACGUUGGAGGAGCAGGGCUGGGUGCCAGCGACCUGCCUGGAGGCCCAGGAUGGAGUCCAGGAUGAGUUCUCCAUGCAGCCUGAAGAAGUGCCAUGGAGAUACUGGUCUCUGCCCAGGCACCUUGGCCGCCGCCGGACUCUUGGGGACUUGUACACCGGUGGAUGGGGUCAAGAGGAGAAGUACACGGUUAUUUACCCCUACACUGCAAGAGACCAGGAUGAAAUGAACCUGGACAAAGGGGCUGUGGUGGUGGUGAUCCAGAAGAACCUGGAGGGCUGGUGGAAAAUCAGGUACCAGGGCCAGGAGGGCUGGGCCCCUGCCUCCUACCUCAGGAAGGGAAAUGGAGAUGUGUUCCCUCCCAAGCUGGGCCCGGGCUCCUCUGCUCACUCCAGCGCCCUGGAUCUGGAUGGCAUCUCCCGGCAGCAGGCACUGGCCAGCAGGGACAAGGACGGGCUGGGGGGCCAGAGGGACGGGAGGCUCGAGAGCCGGCCCCUGCCCAGCGCCGACAUCCGCCGCAAGUCACCAAAGAUGAGGCAGAGGCCACCUCCUCGCCGAGACCUCACCAUACCCCGUGGUUUGAACCUGCCUAAGCCUCCCGUCCCCCCUCAAGUGGAAGAGGAAUAUUACACCAUCGCUGACUUCCAGACCACCAUCCCUGAUGGCAUCAGCUUCCAGGCAGGAAUGAAAGUAGAGGUUAUUGAGAAGAACCUGAGCGGCUGGUGGUACAUCCAGAUCGAGGAGAAGGAAGGCUGGGCCCCUGCCACCUUCAUUGAUAAAUACAAGAAAACCAGCAAUGCCUCCAGGCCCAAUUUCCUGGCUCCCCUGCCCAACGAGAUGGCGCAGCUGCGGCUCGGGGACACCGAGGGCAGCGAGGAGGUGACAGGGCCCUGCCGACCCCUGCCAGAGGCUCCUCCCAACGGCAUGGACUGCACUGGGAGGUGGGGCAAGGACUGGAAGGGGAAGGAGGCUCCUGACAGCGGGGACCUGUCCCUGGCUGGGGGCUACGAGGAGAUCUCGGACCGCGACACGGAGGAGAAGCCCAGCCUUCCACCCAGGAAGGAGUCCAUCAUUAAAUCAGAAGGAGAGUUACUGGAGAGGCAGAGACCUCCCCCCAAGCCCCCAGGCAUGAUUUUGCCCAUGAUCCCACCCAAGCAGUCGGCAGCCCCGAAGGACAGCAAGAAGCCGGAGCUGAAAGCGGAGAAGGGCAAACACUUCCAGCUGAAAAACGAAAUGGGACUGGAAUGUGGACACAAGGUGUCGGCCAAGGAGGUGAAGAAGCCAAACCUCCGGCCCAUUGUCAAGCCAGCGAAGCCAAAAGCUGAGCCUUUGGAAGACAAACCUGAGCCCAUCACCCAGAACCCGUUCUUGAAGUCGAGACCUCAGAUCAGGCCAAAACCCGCUGCGUGUCCCCGGACUGACCCGCCCCCAGCCGAUGACAGACUGGACAUUUGCAGCCUGCGCAGCAAGCUGAGACCUGCCAAGUGCCCAGAGAAACCCUCGGAGCAGGACCCCGCUGCCGGGGACAGCUCCUUCAGCAACGCCACGCUCUGUUCCGAGCCCUGCGGCAGGUUCCCGGAGCGGCCGGGCACCGACAGCAAAGCCCUGCCCAGGGUGGACGGUGCCCCCAGAGAGGCACUGCCCAAAUCUGCCCUGGGCCCAGCAAACCCCCCCUGUGCCAGGGACGCCCCUCCGCAGCGCCCGGUGGUGCCACCUCGCAGGCCACCCCCUCCCAAGAAGACGGGGGCUCCUGCAGGUGUCCCCGCCGAGCCCCGCGCCCCGGCACGGGAAGCUCCGGAGGUCAGGCCCUCUGCAGUGCCAGGGAGGCCCAUGCUGGUCCCUCCCAAAGCCAAGCCCUUCCUCUCCGCCUCCAUGCAAGACGAAGCCAAAGCCAGAAGCAGCAUAAACCCAAAGGUCAUCUCCAAGCCCGUGGAGAGGGGCGAGGCCAAGGAGAGGAGCUCAGCCCCCGGCUCCAGCCCGGACGUCUCCAGGGAAGCUCUCUACGUGGCAGUGGCGGAUUUUGAAGGUGACGAGGAGACCAACAGCUUCAGAGAAGGGACUUUGUUUGAAGUUCGUGAGAAGAACAGCAGUGGCUGGUGGUUCUGCAAGGUGCUGGCUGGGGGGCCGUGCUGGGAGGGCUGGAUCCCUUCCAAUUACCUGCGGAAGAAGCCGUAGCCGCUCCUCGGCCUGCGCGGCCGGAGGCUCCCUGGUCUCUCACCUGAGUAUUUAAUGAGCAGAUUAAUUUAUAGUUUUCUGUAAGGCUGGCUUGAAAAGAAAAGCUAAUAAUUGAGAUGCCACGCCUCCCAGCUGGAGCCCCUGGGCAGCAGCUGGAGGGAGCAGCUCGGCCUCCUCUCCCCACCCUCCUCCUCCUCACAUUCCCCUUGGCUCCCGUGGCUCUCUGUGCUGGGGAAAUGGACCUUGAGUGAUAUUCUGCCACCUGUGUGGUGAAUUGGAGAGAAAUCCAGCAGCAGCCAGGUGGAAUGGUACCAAUGAAGGAAAUCACAGAAGGAUUUGCCUUUCCCUGAAGCUUAGGGUCAUGGUGAAGCGUUGCAGGGCACGGUGCUUAGUCCAGGGGUGGAGCAGAGCCACGGGGAACGAGGUAAAAAGGAGGAAUGAUUGCUGAGAACAGGUUCCUGUGGCUCUGUCUCUGGUUAAGGGCUGUGCCAUGCUCCCCCUGCACAGGGAUCAUCCCUUGGUCCUUCCCUGCUCUACAAUGACAAGUGUUAACUUCAACAUCCUCCUGGUGGAAGAAAAAUAAGGACAAAUACACCCUCAUUUAACAGCUCCUGUCUGUGCUGGUCCAGGACAGCUCUCAGGCUUCUCCCCUGCAAUACUGCAACCAAACAUCAGAGGGGUUUUGCUUCCGGAGCUGAGGAAUUCUAUGCAAGGCACAGAGGACCAGAACAGCCCCAAAACCCCUGGAAAAGGGAUGCUUUGCUCUCCUCCCCACACAGACUGCCCUGCCCUGUUGGACUAGGAGGGGACCACCCCUUCCCACGACCCACUGAGCUCCCCGGGCUGGCAGCCGGGAGCGGGGUCCUUCCCUUGGUGCUGAUAUUAUCAAGUGCAAUCCAGAAUGUGGGAGCUCAGCUCCUCAUCACCACCAGUUCUGAGGUGUGUCUGGUGCUCAGGGGCUGCCUGCCUUGUUUGUCACCCCACCUGCCUGUCCUCCAGGUUCUUGCACUUCACCCUGUGGGCCAGGUUGGCUUGGAGGGGUUUCUGGGCAAGCAGAGCCUGGGGUUUUUCCAUGCUGACAUUCCUGCCUUGCCCUCAGUGCUGCUUUUCCCAGCAGGAGGAUGAGCAUGGAUGUGCUGUUGUUCCCCAGUGCUCCUUUCUUCCUUUCUGUCCUUGGCUAUUUGCAGCUUCAGGGCCACAUUUCUCUCCAGAAGAGCUUUAAACCCACACGUCUGUGGGUUUCACAGAGACACAGAAUUGUUGGGGCUGGAAGGGAUCUCUGGAGAUCAUCCAGUCCAGCCCCCCUGCCAAGGCAGGGUCAGGUUUGGUGUUGGCCAAGCCCUGUUGCCCUCUCUGGUCUAAUUGCAAGUGUGAGCAAUGCAGCCACAUUGUUUUGCUGCUGAAAAUAAUGACAGUUUUCCCUCUCAUUUGAGGCUGGCUGGAUUGAAGGAGCGUUUUCCACUCCCCCAGAGGCUCACUUCCUUCUCUGUCCCAUAUUUUCCACCCUGGGAAGGUGGAGUUGAAGAUCCCUCUGUCUGCAUACAGAAGAAAAGAGGGGUGCCUCUGGCCAGGAUCACUCUGGGGAUGGCAGUAUUUGAUCUGACAGAGAAGUCCUGCCCAUCCUCAAAUCCAGCAGCCCCAAAAUUCAUUUUUAGCCAUGGGAAUUCAUGCACCCCGGCGUGUGGCUGAUUCCUCUCCCUCCCACCUGCAGUUUUCUCUGGUGGCACAUCAGCCCCUGAUCAGGCUGACUCACCUGAGCUGGCAAAAAGCAGCGCAUUUGCAAGCCAGUGCAAUAACAAAGCUCCUGCUGGCACAUCGGGAGGUGUUGAUGUGCUCCCGGGAGAGCUGCAGGGUGGGUUGAGCCAGCGCUGCCUUCGCUCUGCCUGGCUCCACUCAAUCCCUUCUGCUUUGGGAAGGAGUGGGGACAGGAUGAGUUAAGCCAGAGCUGCUCCACAGCCAAAUCCAGCUCCCACGGAUUCUGGGAAGGGGCUGGAGCUGCACUCUUGACACAGGGUGCAAGGGCUGGGUGUCCUUUGCCCGGGCACCGUGUCCUUGCUCUGCUGAAUGGCCUUUUCAUCUCUGCUCUCCUCAGACAGGGCUGUGCUGUUUGUGUGGCCUCACCUCUCAGUGAGGGCUCUUCCCUCUGGCCUGAGCCUCGGAACUGCUCCUGCUCCAUUUUCCUGACACAAGUACUGUAUUUGGCUUGCUGAGUGCGUGACAGGAUCACUCCCUCCUUCCCAAAGAGCUUCCAGGAGGGAUCACCCUCAGGAGGUGCCCACACCUGCAGCCUUACCCCCUUUUCCACCCUCCUGCCUGCCCAGGGGCCUGGCCAAGCUCCUGUGGGGAAGAUGCUGGAGCCACAGGGCUGGCAGGGCUUUGUCCCCCAUCUGAUUUGUGCCCCCGGUCCUGCAGCCACCUGUGCCCCAAGCCAGGCUGCCUCUCCUCCCUGUGCCUCCUGCUGCCCGGUGAGGAGGAGGAGGGUGCCCAAAAGCACCCCAAACUCGGAUGUAGCCCCCAGCAGGCACAGCCCAACCUCCCAGAGCAGCCCUGAGCUCAGGGCUGGUGCCAAGGGGCCCAGGGGCUGGGAUCUGGGGACAGGCAGGGCUGGGCACAUCCUGGGUGGGCAUCAACCCUGCGGUGCCCAGCUCCUGGCAGGCUCCCUCAGCCCCUCUGGUUGUCCACGUGUCUCUAUAUUCUGUAAUGUGUAUAAAUCUCCAUUACUGUGGGUGGGUGGGGGGCAGCAGAAGGUAGAUGUAGCUGUGUCCAUGCCCUGUCUAUACCUUCACCUUUAAGGGAUGGAUUUUUAUUAUUUUUUUUUUAAUUUGCUGGGUUUGGGGUUGUUGUUUUGUUGUUUUUUGUUUGUUUGUUUUUUUUUCCUUUAGUUUUCUUUUUUAAAGAAAUAAAAAGAAACUGCUUGACUGGUUUCAAGCACCCUGGUGAA